GAGAAAAAAAUGGCGUCCGCUGGGGCAGGGAGCUGUGAGUGUGACUGCACAUUGUGUCUGUGUCCCCCCUAGUAGCACAGGCGACUCCGCUUGACUGAUUGCUUUGAGAAAGGACUUUUGUCGAUCAAGGGGGAAGCGGCACUUUCAUCAGACAGACCACAGUGAAGUGGAAACGUGUGUGUGUGUGAGAGAGACAGACAGACAGGCAGAGAGGCAUUAGCAGGAACUGAUGGAGAAAAGUACAUUGGAACCACAACGGAGAGAUGUUGGUGCUAUCUCCAAAUGCAUCCAGAAGAAUUCUAAUAAAUCCCUGCAAAAUGGAGCAGUGUAUAUGGAACAGGAUUGUGCAUUUUCUGAAGGGCAGUAUGUCUUAUCCAGAUGGACAGAUGGUUUGGUCUACCUGGGAAAAAUCAAGAAGGUGAACAAACAUAAACACAGUUGCCUUUUAGUCUUUGAAGAUAAUUCUGAAUUUUGGAUUUUGUGGAAAGAUAUCCAACAUGCUGGUGUUCCUGGAGAAGAGCCGAGGUGUAACAUCUGCUCGGAGAAAGCAUCUGCACCACCGAAUGAAAUAUUGAUUUGUGGCAAGUGCGGGCUAGGUUACCAUCAGCAAUGCCACAAUCCCAAAGUAGAUAGCACAACAAAUGCAUCCACUUCACCUUGGUUUUGUCGGCAAUGUAUAUUUGCAUUGGCUGUCAGGAAAGGAGGUGCUUUGAAAAAGGGACCACUUGCUAAAGCUUUGCAGAGUGUGAAAAGAGUUUUGCCAUACAGCAUGGAUGAACUUAACUGGGAUUCUCUGCAUAGAACCAACCUACAGCAAUGUUACUGUUACUGUGGGGGACCUGGAGAGUGGUACCUGAAGAUGCUUCAGUGCUGCAGAUGUAAGCAGUGGUUCCAUGAAGCCUGUACCCAGUGUCUGAAUGAAGCCAUGAUGUUUGGAGACAGAUUUUAUUUGUUUGUCUGCUCAGUGUGCAAUAAAGGACCCGAAUAUAUAAAGCGCCUACCCCUUAGAUGGGUAGAUGUCGUGCACCUUGUUUUGUACAAUUUAGGGGUCCGUGGGAAAAAGAAAUACUUUGAUUUUGAAGAGGAAAUAUUAAUAUUUAUUAAUCAAAACUGGUUGAGCCUCCAGCUUGGAAAGCUGACAGAAACAACAGUGCUCGAACGAAAACAGCAUCUCCUCAAUGCUUUAAACAGCUACAAAAGCCGGUUUAUCUGUGGUAAAGAAAUUAAAAAGAAAAAAUGUAUUUUCCGUCUCCGUACUCGAGUACCUCCAGUUCCUCCGAAUAUUAUUUUGCCAGAGAAUAUUGGCCAGUUGACUGAUAGUGCUUCCAACGAGAUCAAGAGAAGGGGGAAGAAUAUGUUGGUGUUUGCACCUAAGUAUGGUCCCCUACCAGAAGUGCCUCAACCUCGCAGGCGGAGGCUUCCGUUGAAGUGGGGGAUGAAAUGCAAGAAGUCAAACUGGUUUCUGCAGGAUGCUGUUCCAGAGAAUGACUUCUCAACCGCUGAAAGUGCCAGCUACCAUUUGGCGAACAUUUUUGACUUUACGGUAGAUGACAUUCAGAGUUUGAAAAGUGAUCGUUCUGAGGGAACCUUUUACUCUGACUUAGACUCGACAGAUGCAGCAAGUACAUCUGGCUCAGCCUCAACAAGUUUAUCCUGUGACUCUCUAAAGACUAUGGGGAGUCGUAAAAGGAAAACAUCAGUAGAGUAUUCACUGAGCAACAGAACCAAACAGAAGAAAGGCAUUUAUAAUCAUCCAGAGAAUGGAGUGGAUCAGACAGAACAAUCCGUGGAUAAUAAUUACAUUAAUGGCCACACCUUUGAAAGUAUGAGUGACGAUGAAACCUCCCUUUCCCACCUUAAGUCCUCGAUCACUAAUUACUUCGGUGCUGCAGGAAGGCUGGCUUGUGGUGAAAAGUUCCAGGUGCUUGCUCGGAGAGUGACUUUAGACAGAAAAGUGCAGUACCUGGUAGAAUGGGAAGGUGCCACUCCUUAUUGAAUUGGAUCACAAUUAGGACUCCAUUUAAUCUGCUUAGCAACCAGCAGACCAGAGCUGAACAAGCCUCUAUAAACUGCCUCCUGAUGUUUUUUUAAAAAUUAUAAUAAACUACAGCAGAGUCACCUUAGUUUCCAGAAACAAACAUUCAGUUGAAGAUAUAAGAUCUUAUUAGGUGCCUGCUGUACUAAUAUAUUGUUUUUAUGAAUGGUACAGAUGAGGCUUUCUGCUGCUGUUGGUAGUUAAAUUUUACAUAGUAAGUGUCUGGUUGAAGAACAUUUCUAGAACAUUCUAACUGUCCAGUGGCAAUGAAUGAGCGAUGCAAUAGUGUUAUCGAGCUGUGCAUGUGAUUUGCUAUCUCUCAAGUCAGCAGCAAUGAAACUGUCUGUUUUGUUACAUGGAGUUGAUGUAGAAAUUCAGACAUGAUUGGAUUGAAUGACGAAGCCGGCUCGACAGCUGUUUAUUUUACUGCUGUUGCCAUUUCUUAACCACCAGUACUCAAUUUGGAUUGUUUUGCUGAUGUUGAUGUCAGUGGCUAAUGAGUUGGUUUGCCACUCUGAGAGUCUGUCGUAGAAUUGUGAUUAUAAAGGAAGUUUUAUGCAUUGGGAUGGACAUUAGGCAAUUCGGUUGCAAGUGACUGAAAAGUUAAGUUGAGAUGCGAAUGUUUUGAUUCUACAGAUUUAAGCAGCAACAUUUGAUGUUGCAGUGAGUGGAAAUUUGUGUUGUAUACUGAGAAUGUUUGGAAAAGUGGGAUUAAGCCUUCGCAAAGUUGAUUUUACGUAGGCUCCACUGAACCUGCUGCACUCUUUACUCCUUUUUAUUAAUACGUUUUCAUAUACAUCUUUGGUUUAGACCUAUCCCAGCUCAUUAUGUAGCCAGUUGCUAUGUAACUGAUCAAACUACAAGUAGCUUUUGAAAGACUUUUGUAUUUUCCCAGGCCUCUACCGCUUACACCUUCCCAUUAGCCAGCUUUGCUAAAAGUUUUAUUUUUGGCAAAAAGAAAACCUUGUUUAUUAGAUUGAAAUAUCUCGCUUCAGCGGAUGACGUGAUAUUUAGUUGGGUCUUGCUGCUCUGGAGUGCCCUGUGCCAGGGUACCAACAUGUUCCUUGUUGGGACAGGAAUUUCCAAAAUGGAGAAUAUAUAAAUUUUUAUGCUGGAGAGAAUGUGAAUGGACGGAUAUUUAAGCUGCUGCUCUUGCUGUGUGGGUUUGUCUUAUUUGUGUAGAAGUCACAUGCCUUGCAAUUUUUACUCUUUUUGAGAAAAAGCUCGAUAUUCCUCUGCCAACAGUGUAAUUGUAAAGGGCUGAAACUUGUUUCCUUUCACUUCCAAGUUGCUAACUGUGACAUUGUGUGCAGGUCACACUGUGUUCGGUUACUUCUUCUGUUACCUUCCUUUGGUUGGGAAUUUAUUUUGUCACUUCACUUUUGUUCCUUCAAAGGUUUUGUUGGCAGGCACUUUAACUUGUGUGUUAGGUUUUGACAGACCUUGAGGAGCCACGUCCAACACUCCCAACUUUACCAAGUGUCCUGUAUCUCCACCAUUUGAAACAUUGAAAACAGUGUGGAGUCAUGGCACAGCACUUCAAAUACUUCAGCUUAAAAAACAAAGUAGACUCUGACUAAAACAAAGAUUUGGAGUGGAGUGGGGAAACCAUUUUAAGCAGUCCUUCGUUUGGGAAACUGACAGGACUGUCAAUGAUCUUCCCUUUUCUAGGUGAGUUUCAGCAGGUUCUUUUAGCCAUAGAGUCAUGGAGAUGUACUGCACAGAAACAGACUGUUCAGUCCAACUGGUGCAUGCUGACCAGAUAUCCUAAAUGAACCUAGGCCCAUUUGCCAGCAUUUGGCCCAUAUCCUUUAAACCUUUCCCAUUCACAUACAUAUCUAGGUGUCUUUUAAAUGUAGUCAUUGUACCAGCCUCCACCACGUCCUCUCUCAGUUCAUUCCAUACACACCACUUUCUGUCUGAAAAAGAUGCCCCUUAGGUCCCUUUUAAAUCCUUCCCUCUCACCUUAAACCUAUGUCCUCUAGUUUUGAACUCCCCACCCUUAGGAAAAGACCUUGACUAUUCACCCUAUUAUUGCUCCUUGUGAUUUUAUAAACUUCUUUCAACCCCAGUGUGCAGUAGAGCAAAGUUUUACAAAACCUUUGAGGACCGAUUCGGAGGCAGGAAUGCUAGCAAGAGGAGACCAGUGGGUGGUAUGCCCCCUGCUGUAUUGCCACUUUGCCAGGCAUGGGAAAGAGAGCUCGCUUGCUCAGAGCCAAGUGAACCACCUAAGUAGUUGAAUGAAGGGCCUGUUGCUGCCUUUGUUUGCAUUUUACUGGUGCAGUGGAGGUGACCUCUGUGAACAGGUAGACUGCUAGGUAAACUCUGCAGCCCUCCUGGGGCAAGGCAGCUAUUUCAAUUCAGGGCUGAUAAUACACUCCAGCACCUGUGAUGCUCCGUGUUCACAGAAGACUUAAAGUGUAUGACUGGAUACUGCAUACUCCUUUCCCAUGGACAUCUGGAUAUGGACAGGCAGGUAGUCAUCCCUAAUGACCCCCUAUGUGGCAUGGCCACAUCCAGCUGUAGAGUUAUGCUGAGCUCCUCUGAUCUGCCUAUCUUUCCCCUCUUACCCACCUUCUCCCAAACAGUGUGAGCAACAAUCAGGAGGUGUGAUUCAGCUCUCUCAAAUGUACCAUCUUUUAUAGAAUAGCAGAGAUGCAAAUUGCAACCCCACCCCGCUGCCACCACCACCAAUACAACCCAUGAGGCCCCUCUUCCAUCUCUGGCAACAGGACCCUGUCUUUUCCAAGUAUCCCCGCUUAUACCUCAGCUUAUGUGAACACUUUCUGGCAGAAAUCACAGGAUUGCAAUCAGGAUAAAGAAUCAGAUUGCAUUUACUUUAAUUUUGACCCUUGGAAUUCCAAAACCAAAUGUAAUGUGUCUCACAGCCAACUUUGGCUGAGAUCCCCAUAAAAGCAAGGAUCACACUGGGGACAUUUCUCUUCUGCCUGAGUCAGCUCCACACUAUCUAUGCACUAACGAUCAGAGCAGUCGCGGGAACUGAACCUGUUUCAUGAAUUCCCUUCUGCAGACAGGUGCAGAAAGAAAGGCUGUGCACUUUGAAAGCUGCAAAAAUUCUGCUUGAUCUCAAAAGUUGAGCUUUAAUGUCUUUGAAUGUACCAACCCAUGUUCCAAAUGCAAUUCUUGGAUGCUAUAGUUAUUAUUGAUAAUCAAAAUGUAUGAUAUAUAUUGUCAUGGUAAAGUGUUGCUAAAGAUAUUAUGGCCCCAUGCAG